AUGGCUUCCAACAUGAAUACCAUUUUGAUCAUCGGUGCAACAGCUGGCAUAGGCGAGCAAUUUGCAAGGCGCUUUCAUGGCUUGGGAAAGAAGGUCAUUAUCACUGGGCGCCGAGCGGACAAGCUCUCUGCUUUGGAACAAGAGCUCUCGGGUAUCGAGACAAUUCAGUGGGAUAUCACCAAUUUUGGAGAAAUGCAACACCAAGUCACCGACAUUUUAAAAUUACAUCCCACUUUAGACACCGUUUUCAUCAAUGCAGGCAUUCAAAAGUCAUUCUCUCUUCUUGACCCCUCCACUAGUACCCCUGGAGACGUUGUCAGCGAAAUCAACUCCAACCUCACCGCCCCAGUGCUUUUGACACAACUCUUCGUCCCGCAUCUCUUUUCCCUCGCCUCCGCAGGAAAGCACGCAAAUCUUCUGCUCACUAGUUCAUCCCUCGCUUUCUUCCCCAUGGCAUUCUACCCAGUCUACUGUCCUACCAAGGCAGCUAUCCAUUCUUUCCUCGUGAUACUCCGCCAGCAACUCAGCUUUGCAUCUGAAGCUGCGCAGAAACAUUUCAGUGUGGUUGAGAUUGUGCCGCCAUAUACGGACACGGGCCUGGACAGUGAACAUCGAGAAUUAGUAGAUCAGAUGCAAGGUGGUUCGGCAAAAGCCUUCAAGCCUAUGCCACUGGGUGAGUACAUGGAGAAGGUUUUUGAGAGCUUGAAUGAAGUUGAUGCCGAGGGAAAGUUGAAGAAGGAGGUCGGUGUUGGGUUUGGACAGAUGGGCGUUGAUACUUGGAGGGGAAGCUUCGGCCAGGCAUUGGAGGGUAUGGGCCUUAAAUGUUGA